AUGCUAAAGGCCAAGAUCCUCUUUGUGGGGCCCUGCGAGAGUGGGAAAACUGUUCUGGCCAACUUUCUGACAGAAUCUUCAGACACCACUGAAUACAACCCAACCCAAGGAGUGAGGAUCCUGGAAUUUGAGAACCCCCACGUCACCAGCAACAACAAAGGCACAGGGUGCGAAUUUGAGCUGUGGGAUUGUGGCGGCGAUCCAAGGUUCGAGUCUUGCUGGCCCGCCCUGAUGAAGGACUCACACGGAGUGGUGAUCGUCUUCAACGCCGACAUGCCCAGCCACCUGAAGGAGAUUGAGAUGUGGUAUUCCUGCUUCGUGCAGCAGCAGCUCCUACAGGAUGCUCAGUGUCUCUUAAUUGCCCACCACAAACCCGGCUCUGAAGACGAUGCGGGAAGCCUGUCACUGCCAUCACCCUUAAACAAACUAAAGCUGGUGCGCUCGAAUCUGGAGGAAGACCCUGAGGAGAUCCGGCUGGAAUUCAUAGCGUAUUUAAAAAGCAUCGUCAGCUCUGUGUCUGAGAGCAGGGACCGGGAGGAGAUGUCCAUUAUUACCUAA